AUGGCCAAGAUGUUGCCCAAGCCUGUUUACAAGACCUUUGUAGAAAUCUCCAAGGGUAAGAAAACUAUGGACAAGGCUACGGCUGAUGCUAUUGCUCAUGCUGUCAAGGUUUGGGCUAUCGAACGCGGUGCUACUCACUUCACUCAUUGGUUCCAACCUUUGAAUGACGGUACUGCUGAAAAGCACGAUUCAUUCUUAUCUCUCAAAUCAACCUUUGUUGACGGUUCCGAAGUGGUUACUGCCAUUGAUACUUUCUCUGGCUCUCAAUUACUUCAAUCCGAACCCGAUGCCUCUUCCUUCCCCUCCGGUGGUAUGCGUACUACCUUUGAAGCUCGUGGUUACACUGUUUGGGAUAGCAAGAGUCCUAUGUUCAUCUCUGACGGUCCUCAUGGUACCUCUAUCCUUUACAUUCCCUCCGUUUUCAUUUCUUAUAAUGGUGAAGCUUUGGAUGAAAAGUCUGUUCUUUUGAGAUCAUGUGAAGCUUUGGAAAAGGUUGCUUUGGACAUCUUAAACAUCAUUACUCCUGUUGAAGCUGAAGCUCGUUCUAAGCUUGUCUACGUCACCUUGGGUACUGAACAAGAAUACUUCUUGAUCGACCGUGCUUUAUAUACCCUUCGUCCUGAUCUUAAAAUCACUGGUCGUACCUUGAUUGGUGGCCUUCCUCCUCGUCACCAACAACUAGAAGAUCACUACUUUGGUAAGAUCCCCACUCGUGUCUUAUCUGCCAUCAGUGAAUGUGAACUUGAACUUGCCAAGUUGGGUGUUCCUAUCAAGACCCGCCACAACGAAGUUGCACCUGCUCAAUUCGAAGUCGCUCCUAUCUUUGAAGAUGUUCUUUCUGCUGUUGAUCACAACUUGCUCACUAUGGAUGUCUUCCAUCGUGUUGCUCACCGUCACAAGUUGAAGGUUCUCUUCCACGAAAAGCCUUUCAAGGGUGUCAAUGGUUCUGGCAAGCACUGUAACUGGAGUUUGUCCACCGAUACCGGUGACAAUCUCUUGGACCCCAGCAACACCCCUGAAAAGAACUUGCGCUUCCUCAUCUUCUUGGUCGCCGUUCUCAAGGCUGUCUUGGAUCACGGUGAUCUUUUACGUGCCGGUGUUGCCUCUGCCUCCAAUGACCAUCGUCUUGGUGCUCAAGAAGCUCCUCCUGGUAUCAUCUCCGUCUUCUUGGGUUCUCAAUUGACCGAAGUCUUGAAUGCCAUUGAAGAAAACCGUCCUAUCAACUACGAACUUGCUGGUAAUGACCUCAAGAAUGUCCGUGUCAAGGGCACCGUCUUGGAUCUCAAGGUGACCAGCUUGCCUCCUAUUGCUCGUGACUUGACCGACCGUAACCGUACUUCUCCUUUUGCCUUCACUGGUAACAAGUUUGAAUUCCGUGCUGUCGGUUCCAAGCAAUCUCCUUCUUUCCCCGUUACUUUGUUGAACUCUGCUGUCGCCAAGGCAUUGAAUGAGAUUUUGGGUGAUUUGAAGCAGCAAAAGGGCGAUAAGCCCGUCGCUUCUGAAGAAGACCAAAUGGCUGUCAUCCGUAAAUACAUCAAGAUCACCAAGAACAUCCGCUUCGAAGGUGACAACUACUCUCAAGAAUGGGUUGAAGAAGCCGCUAAACGUGGAUUACCCAACAUUGUAAAGAGUCCUGAAGCCUUUGCUCGUCUGUUGAGAAAGGAAAAUGCAGAUAUGCUCAAGGACAUGGGUGUCUUCUCUGACGCUGAAUUGCACUCUCGUUACCACAUCUUGACUGAGAAAUACGCCAAGGAAGUCACAAUUGAAGCUCAAACAAUCAUCACGAUGGUCAUUCAACAAGUCUUGCCUGCUGCUUACCAAUACAGACACGAUUUGGCUGAAGCUGCUUCAUUUAUGAAGAACAUUGGCGUUGAGGCCUCUCCUGAAAUUGACUUGCUCAAUGAAUUGACACCUAUCGUCGCCACCCUUCAAAAGGAUAUCACUGCUCUCAAAUAUCUCUUGGUCGAGCUUAAUGAAGUUGAAGAUGUUGUCAAGUUGGCUGAUGCCUGCUGUCACCAAGUCUUAGCUAAGAUGGAUGCUAUUCGUGAAUUGACUGACAAGUUGGAACGUAACGUCGCCGACAAGUUGUGGCCAUUCCCCAAGUACACUGAGUUAUUCUUGAACAUUUAA